AUGAAGUCGUUCUUAAUCUUACAGUCACGGUGCCGCGAGAGCUCCAACAGUUGUCCAGCAAGCCCGGCAGCGAGCGCUGUGGCUAAAGACGUCCCCGAUACCGUUUUUCCCGUCUGGUGCCUUUCCGGGCAUACAUAUGUCUUCUCCAAUAGCGAGAGGUUGUAUAGAAUAAUGGAACAGGAUGACUUCAUGAUCGCUUCUCCAUCGAUGGACAGCCAUAUGGACAUAUUCAUGAGCGAUGCAUCCGAGGAUACAACAGAUGCACUACCAAGUAGCUCAAGAAAGCGCAAGAUUACAGAGCCAGAUUCACCAGAGCUACAAGAAAGCAAAAAAGCAAAUAGUCACUUUGAAGAAUAA